AUGAACGGACAUUUACAUACGGUUAUACCGAAAAAAUCCAAUGCGGAUCAUUUACGAAUCGUGGGCAGAGUGCUUGAUUCCACAGUAUGCACGAUAUGCCACGAUUAUAUGUUUGUACCAGUCAUGACGAGCUGUGGACACAACUAUUGUUACGAAUGUUUGAAUAACUGGUUGAACAACAAUCGAUCCAACGUAUCAGAAUUAACGUGUCCGCAAUGUCGAAAUGUGAUUACCAAUGAACCAUCGUUGAACGUUGCCUUACAACAAAUAGUCGAUCUGAUGCUAGAUAUAGCAGCGGAGGACCCACAGAAAUCGAAUUCCUCCGAAGUACGAUCACUGCUCACACAAAGAGAAUGCUCCGUUGCUGAAUACAAGUCUGACCUGUUGGAAGAAACGCUAUUCAACAGUGUGUUUAAGAAUACUGCCAAAGCCAUCAUAGACGAUGAUGACGAUGGGAUAGCAAGGUGUAGCAAUUGCCAAUGGGAAGUUGAGGGUCCCGUGUGUCCUAACUGCAAUGCUACGAUACGGAAUUAUAAUGCGGGUGCACAGAACUUCGACGAAGUUGAUGUGGAUGAGUACUCUGACGGAGAACUGGAAGAGGUUGAGAGAGAUUUGGACAAUUAUAGAGCCGAGAGUGCACGUACUGUGCACGAUUUGGAAGCCGAAGAGGGAGAUGAGAGUCUCAGUUCAGAGAUGGACCAGGCAUGGCCCACAAGACGGCCUAGGAACUUUAUGCAUGGAGAAGAAGAAGAGGAGGAAGAGGAAGAUAGAGGAUCGAUAGAUUCGUUCAUAGUGGAUGAGGAAGAAGAAGAAGAAGAAGAGGAAGAGGAACAAGAAUUGAAAGAUGAACGGAAGUUCCGUAGAGCAUCUGUUGCCCUCUCAGAUGACGAUGACAACGAAUCUCGCGACAGUGAUUUCUACGAACAUAAUGACGAUGGAUACGCGAGUGGUGACUCCCUUGACGAAAGUACUAGUAACGACGAACUAGAACCGCACACCAUCCGUCUCACUCAUAGUCAAGACAACAACAACAACAACAACAACAACUCCGCGCGUAAGAAACGUCUCAUAGUCCUAGACUCUGAUGAGUAA